UCGUUUCCCUGCACUUCUAGUUCUGUGGAGGCUCCUCUUUUUGUCACUGUCUGCAGUGCAAGUAAAUUUAGUUGAGUGGAGAAGGCCACUGCUGUGCUUGUAUGCUGUUGCUGCCUUCUUUCUUGCAAAACUCUGAGGACGGAUUACCUGUGAGGCACUUCCGGCGGGAUCGGGAGCGGUUGACGGACUAGAGAGAAUGACUACUAGAAAGUAAUGCUUGUUUGCAUGCAGCGUGCCGAGCCGAUGUGUGCUGAGUGAAGCGGAGGUGAUCACUUCGCUUACGAGCGCCGUUCUCCUGCUCAUCUCCUUCACACCUCUGCAAGCACGAGCAGAUCGCUGUGCGGUGCCUUUCAGCGGUGUUGGUGGCGCUAGGUAACUGGUUAGAAGCUUAGCACGUAGAAGGUCAGGUGUUAGCUGGUGAGGUCAGGACUUGCUGGAAUCAUGGCGGGACUUGGUGAUAUCGACCUCAGCCAGUUGAAGGACCCAGCUGGAAUAUUUGAGUUGGUGGAAGUGGUCGGGCAUGGCACCUAUGGCCAGGUGUACAAGGGUCGCCACACAAAAACUGGACAGCUGGCGGCGAUAAAAGUGAUGGAUGUAACAGAGGAAGAAGAAGAGGACAUCCGGCUGGAGAUCAACGUACUGCGGAAGUAUUCCCAUCACCCGUGCAUUGCCACGUACUAUGGAGCGUUCAUCCGGAAGAACCCAGAUAGAGACGACAGCCUUUGGCUAGUCAUGGAGUUCUGCGGCGGAGGCUCCAUUACGGACCUAGUAAAAAGCUCUAAGGAACAGUCACUGCGAGAAGAGUGCAUUGCCUACGUUUCCAGAGAGGUGAUGAAGGGUCUGAGCCACCUUCACGAGAACAAAGUCAUCCAUCGCGACAUCAAAGGACAAAACGUUCUGCUCUGCGAGAAUGGAGAUGUGAAGCUGGUGGAUUUCGGCGUUUCUGCCCAACUUGUCAGGACCAUAGGAAAGCGCAACACGUUCAUCGGUACACCAUACUGGAUGGCCCCGGAGGUCAUCGCUUGCGACCAGCAAGAAGACGCGUCGUAUGAUCACAGGUGUGAUGUGUGGUCGGUUGGCAUUACUGCAAUAGAGAUGGCGGAGAGUGAGCCACCUCUCUGCUCAAUCCAUCCUAUGCGUGCCUUGUUUCUCAUUCCACGCAAUCAACCUCCAAGGCUCAAGUCGAGGAAGUGGUCGCGAAAGUUCAUGCACUUUGUUGAGCAGUGUUUGCUGAAGGACUUUCGCAGACGUCAAACUGUAGAUGAGCUCCUUCAGCAUGACUUUAUGAAGGAGGUGAACGAACGGUACAGUCGGAUUCACCUCAAGGACAUGAUUGACAAGUCCAAAAGGAAGAAAGCCAAUGCUGGGGACGAUGACUACACGUAUUCUGGCAGUGAUCCCGAAGAUGAACCCUCCGAGGACACCGGCACCUUACGACUGGCAAGCUCUGCUGGUGAUAAUUCCACACUCCGUGCUGCUGGUCGAGGAGAUUCCCAUGCGGAUAAAGCAGCAGCAAAGGCUUCUCCUGAGCCGGUGCGGAAGUCAUCGGAAAGUCCUGUCCAGCCGCGCACUACACCACCACCAAUGGAUCGUGGACAUCAGCGUUUGUCGUCGCUAGGGAUGCUUCCGCUUCCGUCGCAACAACGACAAGACAUUCGUGAAGAGGAGAAUGCCGGCACUAGUAGUGCCACUGGUACGAUGAUUGUCAAUGAAAGUGAUAGUGACUCCGACACGGAAGAUCAGAAGAGUGGCACGUUGAUUCGCCAGUACAGUGCUGAGCCAGUGCGGCGCGUCAGCGAAGUAUCUCCACUGGCAACAAGUGGCAACGCUACAGCUGCAGCAGCCUCAAAUCUCACCACAACACCAACAGUUGUGACCUCAUCCAGUCCAGACUUGCUAGAUGAAGAUCCCAGCUUCCAGCUAACAACCAACAUCUUGCAGAGGGAGAGGGGUGAUUCACCACGCCAAUAUGGCGCCGCUGGUGACUCUCGGCGAGGCAGUAUUGCAGCCACUGUGACUCACAUGGGUCCACUCAUCGGCAGUCAUCUACCUGCUCACAUGGCACUGUCACCACGCUCAUCUACCGGCUCGAACUACUCGUCUUCAUCCGCCGGUGCUACAUCUGGGACGUCAGGAGAUUCCAGCGGACUGUCUCAUCAGGUAUCUAAUGCCUCGUUCCAAGCGUAUGGCUUCAACGCGUCAACACCCGGCAAGAACACUCCUCCACCGCCGCUAGCAGCCACACCGUCGGCUCCCGUUGUAAACCUGAACCCCGCAGCAUCCAAGCAGUCCGGCCCGGCAAGUAUGGUUCCUGAGAUUCGAAAGUACAAGAGCCGAUUCAAUUCCGAUAUCCUGUGUGCUGCCCUAUGGGGUGUGAACCUGCUUGUUGGCACUGACAAUGGACUAUUCCUUCUGGAUCGCAGUGGGCAUGGUAGAGUGUACCCGCUAGUUGGACGGCGUCGCUUCCUGCAAAUCGAAGUCCUGGAAGGUCUGAAUGUGCUUGUCACUAUAUCGGGAAAGAAGAACCGCAUUCGUGUUUACUACCUCAGCUGGCUCAGGAACAAGGUUAUUCGCGGCGAAGAGUAUGAUGCACACAGCAAGUCUGGCUAUGCUGAAGUCGGCUCUGUGGAAGGCUGCGUUCAUUACCGCGUCGUGAAGUAUGAGCGCAUGCGAUUCCUUUGCAUUGCCAUGAAAACUCGCAUAGAGGUGUUUGCCUGGGCACCCAAGCCCUAUCACAAGUUCAUGGCCUUCAAGAGUUUUGUGGAUGUCGCCCAGCGGCCUCUGCUAGUAGAUAUGUUCGUGCAUGACAGCACCAAGCUCAAGCUGGUUUACUGCUCCGCUGAAGGUUUCCACAUCAUUGACAUGGAGACGGGACACAUUGGUGAUCUCUAUAUCCCGUUCCAGCAUGUCCCAGUGCAUCAAAGUCGAACAAUCACUCCACACGCCAUCAUCCCCAUACCCGGUACGGAUGGAGCUGAGCUACUGCUAUGUUUCAACCAUGAAGGUGUAUAUGUCGACCUGUCCGGACAAGUCAUCCGUGACAUCCGCCUGCAGUGGGGCGAAGCACCGACGUCCAUCGCUUACAUUGGACAAGGCAGUGUAAUGGGCUGGGGCACGCGUGCUAUUGAGAUCCGCAACCUUCACUCCGGUGAGCUCGAUGGCGUCUUCAUGCACAAGCGGGAGCAGAAAUUGCGCUUCCUGUGCGAGCGCAACGACAAGGUCUUCUUUGCGUCACUUCGCGGUGGUUCGUCGCAGAUCUAUUUCAUGAGCUUGAACCGUGGAUUUGCCCAGUACAACAACUAACACG